AUUGGCUCUGACGGCGGCUAUCUCACCCGCCCUGUGCACCGCUCCUCCCUGCUCGUCUUCCCGGCCACGCGCCACGACCUCCUUCUUGACUUCAACGCUGCGCCCGGAUGGUGCCCUUGCUGACUGGUUCACGGGCGUGGUUAUGCGAUUCAUCACCACCCAGCGCUCGCCCGUGAAGGCCCCGGCCCUACCCAAGACGCUUUCGCACAUCCCCCCAGUGGACCUCUCCCAGGCAGUGAAGCAGCGUUUUCUCGCCGUAGUGUUUGUGAUCGACAAGGAGUUGCAUGAACCGAGCGGCAUGCUGCUGGACGGCAAGCCCUACAUGGAUCCUGCCACUGAGAAGCCCAAAGUGGGCACUUCAGAGCUUUGGCACAUCGUCAACCCGAGCUUCGAGGCGCACCCCAUCCACCUGCACCUCAUACGGCACCGCCCCAUCUCCCGCCGUCCGAUCGACUCCGGCGGGCUAAUCAACGGCUCCUGUUCGCUCGAUCCCGCCUCCUCCAAGCCCAGCUGCUUCACUGGCCCGGCUCGGCCCGUGCCGCUGCAUGAGAGGGGGUGGAAGGACACCACUGUUGCAUGGCCGGAUAGCGUUCUCACCAUCUUUGUGCCGUUCAAGGGGCAGGAUGGCAAGCCGUUCCCUUUUGAUGCCACCGAGGGCCCGGGCUACGUGUGGCACUGCCAUGCAGUGGAGCAUGUUGACAACGAUAUGAUGAGGCCGCUCGUCAUGACGCAGGCCCCUAGAUUCGUUUUGGACCAGGUUGAUCCAUCGGCUUUGGUACAGAAAAAAACGCUGACAAUAAGUGUUAACUAG